UGUAGUCUGAAUGUAAUCCAUCAUGAAUGCUUUGCCCAGUGGAGACAAUGCCCCCUUCACCUCUCCCUCCCUGCCCUGUCCUCUUUUAAAUAUGUGGUUCUCAGCAAAGACUAAUUAGACUGAUAAAAAUGAGUAAAUAAUAGGUGCAACAAGACUAGCCUUUACACAUUCUUGUUGGUCAUAGAACAGUUCAGAGACUCUGAUGGAGAUGGUCAAGUGUCACCCCAUUAAUGCCAUACCAGACAAACUGUCACUGUUCAGUUCCUGUAGGUUGAGCAAUGGAUAAACUCAAAGUCUUUUUGUUAACUCUCCCUGAGAAAUGACCUCGUCUGUACCUGUAUUUGCUUAAGGUGAUGGUUGAUAGAGAACUGUGAAUAAGAUUUCCAUCUCUGAGUUCUUUAAGCCCAGUUGAAAUCAACAUAGGCUUGGAGAUCUGCUACAAUCUCUCUAUUAGAGAUAACUGGGGCAGACUCCCAGAAAAGGAAAACAGAAUUUCCAGCACUGGGUUUCAUGUUGAAAAUGAGACAGCAAUUAAAAAGCUUUUCUCUCAGAAGUUUUGCAAAAUCAGAUUGGAUUUUUUACCAAAAUUUCUUGGUGACUUCUCAGGAGAGCAGAGAUUUGUGGAUUUUUGCUGAAUAUCUUGACAUCUGUUAGGCCCCUGAAGAGUCUUAGAAGGGUCUGAUUUCAUUCCAGUAAACAGGCUCUGUGUUCCAGCUGUGAAUUUCAUGCAGAGUUUCUUCGGUGUCUAAUAAGUCCAAGAUAGGUGAGGUCACCCUUCAAUUUUUUCCCACGAAGGUAAUCUUUCGGAUGCAGAUGAGAUGUUUGUGAGUCAACAGCUUGGAUCUCCCAGGUGGUUUUUCCUUCUGGACUUUUCAUAGUCAAUGAAAACUACUGACCCUUCAGUGAUCCAUAUGUGAAACUUUCAUUGUACGUAGCGGAUGAGAAUAGAGAACUUGCUUUGGUACAGACAAAAACAAUCAAAAAGACGCUGAACCCUAAAUGGAAUGAAGAAUUUUAUUUUCGAGUAAAUCCAUCUAAUCACAGACUCCUUUUUGAAGUAUUUGACGAAAACAGAUUGACAAGAGACGACUUCCUGGGACAGGUGGACGUGCCCCUGAGUCAUCUUCCGACAGAAGAUCCAACCAUGGAGCGACCCUAUACGUUUAAGGAUUUUCUCCUCAGACCAAGAAGUCACAAAUCUCGAGUUAAGGGAUUUUUGCGAUUGAAAAUGGCCUAUAUGCCGAAAAAUGGAGGUCAAGAUGAAGAGAACAGUGACCAGAGGGAUGAUAUGGAGCAUGGCUGGGAAGUUGUUGACUCCAAUGACUCGGCUUCUCAGCACCAGGAGGAGCUUCCUCCUCCCCCUCUGCCCCCCGGGUGGGAAGAAAAAGUGGACAACUUAGGCCGUACUUACUAUGUCAACCACAACAACAGGACCACUCAGUGGCACCGACCAAGCUUAAUGGAUGUGUCUUCCGAGUCAGACAACAACAUCCGGCAGAUAAACCAGGAGGCCGCCCACCGGCGGUUCCGCUCCCGCAGGCACAUCAGUGAGGACUUGGAGCCCGAACCCACAGAAGGGGGAGAUGUCCCUGAGCCGUGGGAAACCAUUUCAGAAGAAGUGAAUCUCACUGGGGACUCACUCAGCCUGACCCUGCCACCCCCACCGGCCUCCCCUGUGUCUCGGACGAGUCCUCAGGAGCUGUCAGAGGAACUGAGCAGAAGACUUCAGAUCACUCCAGAUUCCAAUGGGGAACAGUUCAGCUCUUUGCUUCAAAGAGAGCCCUCCUCAAGACUGAGGUCAUGCAGUGUCACGGAUGCGGUGGCUGAGCAGGCUCAUCUACCACCGCCAUCAGUGGCCUAUGUACACACCACGCCGGGCCUCCCUUCAGGCUGGGAAGAAAGGAAAGAUGCUAAGGGACGUACAUACUAUGUCAAUCAUAACAAUCGAACCACAACAUGGACGCGCCCUAUCGUGCAGCUUGCAGAAGAUGGCGCGUCUGGAUCAGCUACAAACAGUAACAACCAUCUAAUCGAGCCUCAGAUCCGGCGGCCUCGUAGCCUCAGUUCACCAACAGUAACUUUAUCUGCCCCACUGGAGGGUGCCAAGGAUUCACCCAUACGUCGAGCUGUGAAAGAUACCCUUUCCAAUCCACAGUCCCCCCAGCCAUCACCUUACAACUCCCCCAAACCACAACACAAAGUCACACAGAGCUUCUUGCCACCCGGCUGGGAAAUGAGGAUAGCUCCAAACGGCCGGCCUUUCUUCAUUGACCACAACACAAAGACGACAACCUGGGAAGAUCCACGCCUGAAAUUUCCAGUACAUAUGCGGUCAAAGGCAUCUUUAAAUCCCAAUGACCUCGGCCCGCUUCCUCCUGGUUGGGAAGAAAGAAUUCACUUGGAUGGCCGAACAUUUUAUAUUGAUCACAAUAGCAAAAUUACUCAGUGGGAAGAUCCAAGGCUGCAGAAUCCAGCUAUUACUGGUCCGGCUGUUCCUUACUCCAGAGAGUUUAAGCAGAAAUAUGACUACUUUAGGAAGAAAUUAAAGAAACCCGCUGAUAUUCCAAAUAGAUUUGAAAUGAAACUUCACAGAAAUAACAUAUUUGAAGAGUCUUAUAGGAGAAUCAUGUCCGUGAAGAGACCAGAUGUCCUAAAAGCUAGACUGUGGAUUGAAUUUGAAUCAGAGAAAGGUCUGGACUACGGGGGCGUGGCUAGAGAAUGGUUCUUCUUACUGUCCAAGGAGAUGUUCAAUCCCUACUAUGGUCUCUUUGAGUACUCUGCAACGGACAACUACACACUUCAGAUCAAUCCCAAUUCAGGCCUCUGUAAUGAAGACCAUUUGUCCUAUUUCACUUUUAUUGGAAGGGUUGCUGGUCUGGCAGUAUUUCAUGGGAAACUCUUAGAUGGUUUCUUCAUUAGGCCAUUUUACAAAAUGAUGCUGGGAAAGCAGAUAACGCUGAAUGACAUGGAAUCCGUGGACAGUGAAUAUUACAACUCUUUGAAGUGGAUAUUAGAAAAUGAUCCCACUGAGCUGGACCUCAUGUUCUGUAUAGAUGAAGAAAACUUUGGACAGACAUACCAAGUGGAUCUGAAGCCCAAUGGGUCAGAAAUAAUGGUAACAAAUGAAAACAAAAGGGAAUACAUUGACCUCGUCAUCCAGUGGAGAUUUGUGAACAGGGUCCAGAAGCAAAUGAAUGCCUUCUUGGAGGGAUUCACAGAACUACUUCCUAUUGAUUUGAUUAAAAUUUUUGAUGAAAAUGAAUUGGAGUUGCUGAUGUGCGGCCUUGGUGACGUGGAUGUGAACGACUGGAGACAGCAUUCUAUUUACAAGAACGGCUACUGCCCAAAUCACCCCGUCAUUCAGUGGUUCUGGAAGGCAGUGCUGCUGAUGGACGCCGAGAAGCGCAUCCGGUUACUGCAGUUCGUCACGGGGACAUCCCGAGUACCCAUGAAUGGAUUUGCUGAACUUUACGGUUCCAAUGGUCCUCAGCUGUUUACAAUAGAGCAAUGGGGAAGUCCUGAAAAACUGCCCAGAGCUCACACUUGCUUUAAUCGCCUUGACUUACCUCCAUACGAAACCUUUGAAGAUUUACGAGAGAAGCUUCUCAUGGCUGUGGAAAAUGCGCAAGGAUUUGAAGGGGUGGAUUAAACGCUCCCUGCCUCGGGGUGGUCGUUCAUCGAGCAAGUUCUGCUCACACUUUUGCAUUUGCCUAACAGACUUUUGCAGAGACAGUGGCGGAAGCACAGCUGCGCAGCAUGGCUCCUGGAGCAGAGCCUUCUCCUGUGCACGUGCCCAAGUGCAGACGUGGGAGCCGGUCCCAGCGUGUGCUCCUUCCUGCAUUCUCCACCACAAAUUAUCAACUGGUUGACGUGUACGCUAAUUACAUUUCAGGAGGACUUACUCUAUUUAUGUUGUGCCUCUGUAGGCAAAGCCCUUAAUAAAUAUUUUACAUACUUUCUAAUGACAAUGAAUGGAAUUAAUCACUCUACAGGUAUAGUAUUACAGCUCAUGUUUACUUUUUUAAAUGAUUCAGACCGAUUUUCAGAUUUUAUUUCAUUACGAUUAAAGAUGUCUCCUGUACUUGGAAAGUAAGCUUUUUUUUUUUUUUUUGUAUUUGAAUUUCAUACCAAGCUUCUUGUCAGUGACGUUUUUAUUUUUGAAGUCCUUUGACACUCCCCCCACCCAACUUUAUUAGAAUCAGAAGACUGAUUUUUGUCCAGAAACCUGCAGACAAGUACUUUGAGAGACUCUCCAGUGGAACAUUAGGCAUAAUGAUAUUUUUCUCCAUACUAGAGAGGAUGAGAACAAACUGGAUAUUACAGGUUUUUUGUUGUUUUUUUUUUUUGUAUAAACUUAGCUUAAUAGCUACAGGCUGAGAGAACUGUAAUAUAGCAUGACAAAUUUUGUGUUGACUUGAAAGGAAUCACACCAUUAUUCCUUAGAAGUAAUUACGUGUGCUGUAACACAUUUGAGACAGGGUUGGACUGUCCAUUCUCCUAGGAGAAAUUGCUUAACCCUUCCUGACGCUGUACAGUCAUCCUUUUAUUAUAUUUUCCUCUUUGCUGUUUGUUGUAGAGACAUUCUUGAAUGAAACUUGGCACUGCUCGAUUUGAAACUGUGGAAACCAGAUCCGUCUUGUCUCCUGUUUAUAUGCGUUUGCUAAAGGUCGCUGAAUAACUCAUUUUCGUUCUGACUGCACCAAUUCUGAAGGCACUUUAUGUACCACAUGGAGGUCAUGUCUGGUUUUGUUUUCGUUUUUUAUUAUAACCAUUAAAUGUGAUGAUGAUUUCUUCUCCCUGCACACGUCUUUCCGGUACGAUAUCUAUCCAUUGUGAAUCUGGCUGCUGAUGAUGUAUAAAACCCAGAUGUAAAGCUGAGCCUGCAGACCUGUCCUCACUGAUUGUUUUGUGAUUUCUACUCAACUACCGAGAUUUAUUUAAUAUACAGUUAAUCUAACCGAGUUUUGUUACCUAUGACAUGUUGCAUGCUUAAAUACUAUGUACUGAGUUGUACCUACCGUGCGCUACAUGGAACAUGAGAGAGAAGAUUUGAUUUGCUCCACUAAGUCCAGCGGUUAGGCUGGUAGUGGUACAGGGCCGAGGAUACCUGCGCAUUUGGGUUCUCUUCCACUUUGGAAGUCUGUGAAGUCUUUGUUCCAGAAUUCUGUCGUGUUUUCAGAGAAUGUCUGAGACAGUAGUGUCUGCUGUCGUGAUUUCCUUUUUAGCCAGUAUUGUCCUAUACCCUGUCGUGGCAGUUAAAGACACUAGAGAUUUGAUCUCUUCCCAGUUGUAGAGAAGACAAAAAGCUGUGGUUUCAGGAGCUCCAUUGGUUACCUAAGAAGGACCGUUUGGUGCGAGAAAAUGCUAAUUACCCAGCUUUGGGUGGCUUGGGAGAAGCCAUGGAUGUUUGCAGUCAUAAAUGAGUUAUCUGAAGUGGUGCAGAGGCCUGAGAUUUCUCAGAGAUGGUGGAUUUCUACAGAGCCAAGUACUGCUUCCCUUUUCAUAUUGGUUUAAAAACAUCCAGUGGUAAUCAGAAAACUUAGAUAUCAAGUAAUUAUCAAGAACAAUAUUGUUCAUUAUUUUUACUUGUGGGACUUUUUGCCCUAUGGUCAGUGUAGCAAAUGUCUCAGUGGAAAAAUCCCCCUUUUGUGACGCUCAUAGUCCAGAAUGUUUUCUUUUCAGGAAUUGUGCCAAAGGCCGAGUUGAGCAGCAUGCUUUGAUGGUUUUUGAGAGUGAUCAUAAAAUUAUAGGGAGAGCAAUCCAACAAUUGUAGUCUAGGAACCAGGAUCCCUCUGUCAUUCUGUAAAUUGUGUAGUCAGAAAAGAAUAUCCACUAAAAGCAAAUUAGGCAAAGUAUUGAAAGUGUGAAAGAAAAAUCAUUCCAAGAUAACUUCUAAACCAGGAACAGAUAAGAAUUAUCAGAACAUACCCCUAUGAAUACUUGAAGGAUAACAAUUGUGAAUGGCAAUUCCGUUCCUCUACCCUUUAGUAAUACCUGAUUUUAAUGAGAACCAAAUAUUGCUGGGCUUGGGGAUCUUUUUUAAGUCAAAAUAAGGUUCACUGUUCGUUAGCAGUUCUCAGUGUUUCACUCUUCGUCUGAAAUAGUCGUGGAUCUUGUUUUUGCUAAAUCUUGACGACCAUUUCCCAUCUUCAGGACGUAAUUGCGGGUGACAGGUGAGGAAAUGUGCAGCCUAAAGAGUGGGUUGCUUGGUCAUUCCCUGGGCAUCUGCCUACCCCACCAUCCGGCCCAGGGAGAAGGAAGGUGUUGCCUGUUCUAGGGUGUCCUGAGCAGCCCACGCUACUCUGAAAUCCAGGGUCUUUCUAGCCUCCAUUUUCUCCCAAGCCACAGGAAUUACCUUCAUCCAAAUUCCUUAGUUCCCUGCAGCAGGGACAGUCGUUAUGGACUCGUUUACCAUGAGGUUAAGAAGUUCCAAAUCAUGAUAAAGGUCUGUGAACAUCAGUUAUCACGGCUGCCCAGAGGUCCUGAGUAUUCCUAUCCCUACCUCUUGUUGGCCUAAGGAUGAAUUUGGAAAUCCGCCUGGUGGGAUUAGCUCAGAUGGUGUGCUCCUUUUCUACCUGCUGCCUUCUGGAAUGGUAAAUGAUGAGGCAUUUGGCUAUGUUAAAGCUGUAUUCCAUUUCAUUGCUUUUGUCUUUUUUGCCUGAAACAUGACCGUAGUUUAUUUUUCUGUAGCAAGUCUUCUAACAAGUCACAACAGUGUACAAUGUGUAUUUAAUUUUUGUUUCCAAGGCUCUUUGCUAGCCACCACCAGAGAUUCCCUAAGGUCAGAUGGUAAAUGAUGUAAAAGCCGCUUUACAUGAAUUAUUCCUCCCACUUAAGGACCUGGUGACAGACUUUGAAAAAUGGUUUGCAAAAUAUUUGAACCACUCUGUAGCUCACAUUGUUAAAGAGACCACAUGUACCAUUGUUGUUUGAUCUUGCCAGAUCCAAAUUGGGUGUCUUGAAAGCCAAGUUCAUAUGCAGCAAAUCACUAAUUAUUGUUAACAGUUACUGAUGGUUUAAGAGUUGACUCUAGUAUUUCCCUAAGAGUCUUGUAUCUCACUUCUGGAAUUUUAACAUCUAUGAAGAGAGCCUGGGUUAAUCUAUUCUUGAGCCCCUACCACCGAGCUAGCUCUCCUCUUCCUUUGCCUCUCUCCUCCAGGGCCUGAUUCUGUCCCCCGACUAGGAAGGAGAGGUGGGGAGGUGCUGUCUGGCGUCAUUUUCUGACUUGCCAGUAGGAGGUGCUGCUGUGCAGGGUAACUACCCGCCAGCUCUCUUCCCAACCCCCAGAAGACCAAGCACUACCUCUGUCUUUCAGGCUUUGGGGUAUGUCCUGAGAAUUCAUGUCAAAACUGCCAACUUCAGGUCUGAGAUGCAUUUAAAAAAUCCUUAUGAACCCCACUUUGUACUUUAGAUUUUAAACCUGGGAAGAAAAUGUGAUAUACUUUGGACCACUUUUUUUUUUUUUUUUUUUUUCUAUA